AUGUCUGUAGAUCGAACGCAACGCCUCCUCGUACACGAAGAAGCUUCUUCCACUCAAAACCUCACCGGAAAGACACGACUCGCUUCUCUAGACAUCUUCCGUGGCCUCACUGUCGCUUUGAUGAUCCUCGUGGAUGACGCCGGAGGAGAUUGGCCUGUGAUAGCUCACGCUCCUUGGGAAGGCUGCAACUUGGCGGACUUCGUCAUGCCUUUCUUCUUGUUCAUCGUUGGCGUCUCCAUCGCUCUUUCCUUCAAGAGGGUUUCGAACAAGUUUGAUUCUUGUAAGAAAGUGGGGUUUAGGACAUGCAAGCUUCUCUUCUGGGGUCUUUUAUUACAAGGUGGUUUUUCUCAUGCUCCUGAUGAAUUAACCUAUGGGGUUGAUGUCACUAUGAUGAGGUUUUGUGGGAUUCUCCAGAGAAUAGCUUUAUCCUACUUGGUAGUAGCAUUGGUGGAGAUUUUCACAAAGGACUCACAUGAGGAGAAUCUGACUACGGGAAGAUUCUCAAUAUUCAAGUCAUAUUAUUGGCAUUGGAUAGUGGGUGGAUCAGUUCUUGUGAUUUAUCUUGCCACACUCUAUGGAACUUAUGUUCCUGAUUGGGAGUUUGUUGUCUAUGAUAAAGAUAGCAUUCUAUAUGGGAAAGUCCAAUCCGUAUCAUGUGGGGUGAGAGGGGAGCUAAACCCUCCUUGCAAUGCUGUUGGAUAUGUUGAUAGACAAGUUCUAGGAUCAAUCAUAUGUAUCACCAUCCUGCUUGGAGAAGAUCCAAGGCUUGCACUGAGCAUUCCCCUUACGAGGGAACUUUGCGUCAAGAUGCACCGUCAUGGUGUCAUGCUCCGUUUGAGCCUGAAGGAGUCUUAA